AUGCGCUUUUUCUCAUCUUUUCACAAGCACAAUACACUCGGCGGGUACCCUUUCACUUGCAGAACAACCAAUCGCUGCGCCACACAUGUCCUAAAGCAUCCUGGGUACUGGUGUUAUCCGGGUGUGGAAAGCCGCUCCUACACGGGGGCGUGGGCAGGCAGAUGCGUGAUUGCACACCUGGAUGAUUGUUGGGGGCCUUCCUCGAAGGUCUCAGGCAUCGUCUCACCGGACGUGGCACCGCUGACAACGGUGAAGCGGCGGUUGGUUCUUUCUGUUUUUGAACUGGGUAUUCAAGAUGCAGACGCUUCAACUCCGGCAUCAUGGCCUUGCUUGCUCGUUUUUUCUUCAACUUCUGACCAAUUGAUCUCGGGGUUUGACAGUUAUAUGAGCGUCGUUGUGAUUUUUUUUUCUGACAUAUUAUUUUGA